GCCGUUUUAUAAGUACUCAACUGCCUACGCGUUUAAACCAAUCUCUCUGCAAACCCAUCUCGUUCUCUCUCUACCCUCAACCGUUCAUUCGUAACGGCUUGUUCCAGCACCGCUCCCCUCCUUUAUUAAGCCCAUCCAUACCUUCCUCUCUUAAGAAUCCACCUCUCUCUCUCUCUCUCUCUCUCUCUCUCCUCUCCUCCUCCCUGUUUAUGUAACAGGGUCGUCGAGAGCUCGGGCUCUGUACGACUUUCGUAAUCCCUCCUCCUCUCUCUCUCUCGAGGCCCUUUCUCUCUCCUCCAUUGCCCGGAACUCUGCAAUUCCGGCCCAGAAACAAUGGAGAACACCUUGGAAUCGGCUGAACUCAAAAGGGUUUUCCAGAUGUUCGACCGCAAUGGCGACGGUCGAAUAACCAAGAAAGAGCUCAGUGAUUCGCUCGAAAAUCUCGGCAUUUAUAUACCGGACAAGGAUUUGAUCACCAUGAUAGAGAAGAUCGACGCGAACGGAGAUGGAUGCGUUGACAUGGACGAGUUUUCGUCUCUCUACCAAUCCAUCAUGAAUGAGAAAGAUGAAGAGGAGGAUAUGAGAGAGGCUUUCAAUGUUUUCGACCAAAACGGAGAUGGGUUCAUCACGGUUGAGGAAUUGAGAUCGGUUUUGGGCUCUCUCGGACUGAAACAGGGAAGAACAGUUGAUGAUUGCAGGAGAAUGAUUCGGAAAGUGGACAAAGAUGGAGACGGAAUGGUUGAUUUCAAGGAGUUUAAGCAGAUGAUGAGAGGUGGGGGGUUUGCGGCUUUGAGUUAAAUGUUUUAGUAGAGAGAGAGAGGGUUGGUGUGCUUUUAAUGUUGCUUCUUUGUUGGGGAGGAGGGGGUUGUUUAGAGAGAGAGUUUAGAGAGAGAAAGGGAAGUGGGUUAUGGGUAUGGGAUGGCAUAGUGUUGAUGGGAAGAGUUGUAGAAGGGUUGGGUUUGUUUGGUUUGGAAGAGUAUUUGUAAAUAGUUUUUGGGGCCUUUUAGAGGCCUCUUUUAAGAUUUGUGAGAAAAUGGGGUGGGAAUUGGUGGUGUUUGGAUGGGAAGGAUUUCAAUCUACUUGGCCCUUUCUGUUUCUGAAUUUAUUUGUGGUUU